GCCCCCAUAAGCAGCAGCUGAAGAAGACCUACUCACAAAGUUCAGUUAAAUCAGCCAAACCUGUUCACUAUCGUCUUUUGAGGCACUUUUUUUGAAGAUAUUAAAGUAACAGGAGAAAAUUACAAUAAACGAGGAGGAAACGAGGUAAAACGUGCUGUGUGGGAGGGUUACACAAAUGUCAACAUUUGUCCCUCAACAUUAAGAAAGUUGUAAGAGAGUCAGCGGCUGCCAUGUGAUCCGUCUGCCGGUGCCAGCCAGAAUGUCACCCGUCAUUUGUUGCAUGUUGCCCGAUUUCGAAGUUCGCCGGUGAACGGUGAACAGGGUAGCCAUAGCAGGGAGCAACAUGCGCUCCUUAGCGGGACUGGCUGCCAUUGUGGCCGCGGCAAGUGUCUUCCUCUACCUGCUGUCGACUCAUCUUCCCCCGGGACCGACGCACGCCCAGCCGGACUCAGAGGGGGAGGAACACGGGGUCAAGGAGUACAGGCUGAAGUUCCCGUCGGACCUGGAUGAGCUGCGGGAGCUCGCCGAGAUGCUCAAGUUUUAUAAAAGAGAACAUCACGGCUACGUUCUGCUGCUGUUCUGCAGCGCCUACCUCUACAAACAGUCCUUCGCCAUACCUGGCUCCUCCUUUCUGAACAUGCUAGCUGGUGCAAUAUUUGGACCCUGGGAGGGCCUGGUGUUGGCCUGCCUGCUCACCACUGUUGGCUCCACAUUCUGCUUCCUGCUCUCCUCUGCGUUUGGAAAGCAGCAUGUGGUUCAGUUCUUCCCGGAGAAGGUGGCCCAGCUGCAGCAGAAGGUGGAGGAUAAUCGUAGCAGUUUGUUCUUCUUCCUUCUUUUCCUUCGUUUCUUCCCUAUGACUCCUAACUGGUUCCUUAACAUCACCUGUCCCAUCCUCAACAUCUCUAUGCCCAUUUUCUUCUUCUCUGUAUUCAUAGGCUUGAUCCCUUACAACUUCAUCUGUGUUCGCACGGGCUCCAUCCUCUCAGAGAUCUCCUCUCUGGAUGAUAUCUUCUCCUGGGGGACACUAACCCAGCUCCUGGCCAUCGCUCUCAUGGCUCUCCUCCCUGGAGCGCUGAUCAAACAGUACAGCAAAGCUCACCUUGACGUGGGCGGCAUGGACUGUAACGGAUCCAGCAAGGCUGAUACCAGGCAGGACCGGAAGAGACGAUGAUUCUGGGAUAACUGAGGACUCAUAGGGUUUAAGAUUGAAACACCUCUCUCCACAGGUAGGCCUGUGACCUGUUGUCCACUUCAGCCUUGUGAUUUCUGUAAGGUCCCACCAGAGGCUCAUCAUACUUACAGUACGAUCUGUUCUGAAAGUUUGGAAGUGUCUGCAGGUCAUGUGAUCCCAGGCUUUAAGUCUACAGUUUCCCAAAUAUCUCUCAAUGCCAAUAUAUAGAGCGAGAGUUUUAGGGAAAUCUUCUGAGAUGGGCCCUAAAAUUCCGUAGAUUCAGAAUAAAACGUCUUAAAAGUUGAGUUAAUUGGGCACCUAAAAGUGUCCAAUAGUUCACAUUUUAAGGAAUAAUUCUGUAAUGAUCAAUGAUAUAGUGGUACAGCAGCUUUAAAAGUACUGAAAUUAUUUUAGUUGUCUUGACUUCUUAUUUUUUGGUGUUUAAAAAAAAACGAUCCCAAAAUAAACACUUUUGGGGAUUUCCCUGAACAACAGUAGAUCUUCAGUUUCGGUGAAUGUUGAGAUGAUGUGGAAAGUUAAUAACGUCUCAGUGGCAUAAUCAGUCUGAUCUCAUUUGGAAUUCAUCCCAGGGCCGGCCAAGAGCUGAGCUAUGAUGCAGGAACACGUUAGAGAUCUGUUAUAAAUAGAUAGAUAGAUAGAUAGAUAGAUAGAUAGAUAGAUAGAUAGAUAGCACUUUAUUGUGUGCGUAGACUUGGGAAGUUGUCUUUCAGUACAAUCUCCAACACAGCAACCUAAAGACAAAAAGCUAAAACACAUAGGCAUCAUUACAAACAAAUAAAUAAAACAUGAAUAGAUAAUUAAUAUGAAGAGGGCCCUGUCCUGCAAGAGUGGUCAUUAAUAUCCCAAAAUAUAUAGAUGAAAGUGGGGAGAUCUAUCACUUCCUCCUGUGUUGAUUCAGCAGAAAUAUUGACAGAGGAACAACUGAGUGUUUAUAUUGGUUCUUUCUGCAGUCUGGGACCCUGUAGUGCCUCCCGGAGGGCAGGAGUUGGUACUCCCCACGGAGCAUGCAGGAAGAGAUUUUGUCAGCCAGUCUGAUGGUGUGUAGUCAGGCGGUGUUGUGGGUCAUUACGUUGUUUUGCACUUCUUUCUCGGUCGACCAUGUUGUAAAUUUUGACUUCCUGUUUAGUGCGUUGCCAUUGUGCCAAGAUAUUACUACAGCUUUUAAAGUAAUUUGCUCUGUGUAAUAAAUAUAAGAGCCGACCCUGCUGUAGAGGAAUCUAUUAUAUGGUUUAAACCCACUGAUACAAUUAGGAGUUUGGAGAUCAGACAAAUAACCAGCUAGACAAUAAUGUCUUUUCUCACAUACGUUUACUCAGUGACUCAGUAUGCAGCUGUUAUGGUUCCUGGAAUUGCAUGGAAAAACAUUUUAGCACAUUUGGACUUUUUAAUGUCUCACAAUUGAGGGUGUCUCUGUCUUCUCCUUACACACAUGUCUUAAUGUAGCUCUGUGCACAUCAGGUGUUAUCUUCUCAACAAGACUAAAAUGCUAACAUACUGUAAUUUGGGCACAUGGCUUUUACUGUAGGCUUCUGGGGAGGUCUACUAACAGAGAAGGCUAGUUGCCUUGCUCAAAAGC